AUGCCUGCGGGGACGCCUUUGCUAGAUGACCCGGAGUUGGGCGCCUCGGCGCCUCCCGGCUCGCCCACGGAGGAGUUGCAGCCCUCCGCGCCGCCGCAGCCGCUGACGCCCCAGGAGCUGCAGCAACUGCUCACCCAGCUUCCCGGUGGCUCUGCAGACCUGCCCACCGAGCAAGCGCUGCGCAGCUUCCGCACGGCCACGGCCGGCAAGAUCGUUUGGGCGGAGCAGAUGCGACAGGUGGCGUCCUCGGCGGCUGGCGGGGACCAGCUCUUCCGGGAGGCCUACGAGCGCCAGCUGAUCAUGGACCCCGAGAUGCUCACGGCCGCGGAUGGGCCUUGGACACAGCCGCAGUGGUUGCCUAGCGCCCCUCCACCUGAAGACUUCGACAGCGCAGCACAGGCGCUGAUGAGUCAGAUCGUUGUGAUCCGCUUUGACGGCCGCGUGGCAAACAUCUCGGUGGACCCCAGCAAGCCAUGCCUGGACCUGGGCCACCGCGCGGCCUCGCGCUUUGGGGACCUGGUCUUUGACCCACAGGAGCACACGCUGCUGGGAGUGGGUCAAGUGCCCUCCGCUGGCCUGCAGCAAGGCUCCACGGUGAAGCUCACGGGACUGGUGAACCAGCCGGAGCUCAACGGGGCCAUUGGCCGCGUGUGGAAGACGAAGGACGAGAACGAGGAGCUGGAGGUGGCGAUACCGUCUGGGGUGCUGCGCUUACACCAGGAUAACGUGGUGGCUCACAACGUGACGGUGGUGACACGCUCAGCAGCCUUUGAUUUGGACCUGGCCCAGCCCUUUUCGAGCUGUCCUGCCUUGCGCAUUCUGUGGCUGGAGAAAGUGGGAGACUCUCCCACCGCCCCGCAGAAGGAGUCCUCCCGAAACGGAGUACUACGCAAGAUCGGCUGGCAGUAUGUCGGCAUGAGCGCGCGGCAGCAGAAUGCGGUGUCCGUUGGUGAGUUCCGGAACUUCCUGUGGAACCUGCACUUGGACGACGCGAGCUUUUCGCUGAUCGCCAAGCGCUUUGCGCCCACGGGCAACUACCUCCACUACAACGAGGUCCUAUUCCUCUUGGGUCGCCCGCACCUGCGUUGCCCGGACGUCCCAGUGGACGCCUUGAUCUACGAGGCGGUGGUGUCCAUCUUGGGGCGGCGCACCACGGCCCACAUCGACCGAGACCUCGGGUCGGAGGACGACGGACUGGGCAUGAAGCGCGCCUGCAAGAAGCACUGCGCCAGCUAUACCACAUCCCUCAUCCUGCAGGGGGUCAUUUGGUGCAGCAUCAUCUAUGCAGUUCUCGCCAUGCUGAUCGACGGCUAUGUGGAUACACAAAUGCUCGCGCCCAUGGGCAUCGCGUAUUUCAUCUAUUUGAUCCACUUGUGCUUCUGCGUUCGCCUGACCCGAGCUCUUGUCAACGCGACGGAAGGUAUCGAGCAAGUCAUCGACAAGAUGGAUCGCCCGCGCUACGAGAAUCCCUGCUUCACAUGGCACGUGCAGUGCUAUCACUACGAGACGCGAACUCGAACAACCACGGACAAGGAUGGACGGACUCAGACCCACACGGAGAGCGUGCGGGUGAACACACACACUGCCUCAAAGUCGGGGACGAUCCCGUCGCAGGAUAACACCCUGGACUUCAUCCCCAACACUUUGGCGGCGCAGACGCAAAUCGAUACCACCUUGGACUUGGACUUGUCUGCCAGCGACUACUUGGCCGAGUACCACAGGUUUUGCGCCUUUCACAGAUGGGAUGUGCAUCAGGACACCAGCAGGAGCGAGGACUUGCCAUCCCGAGUCACCAGCUGUGUGGCCAUUUGGUCCCAGAGGAACAUGCCCUGCUGGAUGGGCAGCAAGUGCUACUGGCUUGCAAAUCUGUUCGCGGUGAGCUUCUUCUACCGCAUCCUGGCGCAGAGCCGCAUGGGCCACCAGGAGUACGUGUACCUGAAGAAGUGCUUCCAGCUGUGUCUUGGCAUCGAAGUGGCCAGCCCCAAGGCCGAGCGACUCAACGCCAUCCGCGUGAAGGAAGAGCCUGACGAGUCCGGUGGGCAGUUGUGGUUUGUGCUGUUCGGAGCAAGCGAGGUCUCGACGGCGCCGGACAUGAAUCCAGAGACGCUGCUUUCCGUUAUGAGCUUCAACAUUCGCUAUGCUGAUGCACCAGAGCGGGAGGCACAGAACCGGUGGAUCCAGCGCCGGAGCCGCGUGGAAGCGCUGAUUCGCGCUCAGCGCCCGGCGCUGCUCGGGUUCCAGGAGCUACAGAGUGACCAGGCGCAGCAGCUGCUGGAGGCGCUCCCCAGCUACCGCGCGGUGGCCUAUGCGAACGACAGCCCGCGGGCGCCGAGAAGUCGCGACUUUCAGACGGCGAUCUUCUACGACUCCUCCCGGCUCAAGCUGCUGGACAGCCACGCGGCAUGUGUUUCCUUUUGGCCCACGUUCUGUGAGGCGUCAGCAUCAGGUGACCACGUGUGGCUUUCGGAGACGCCGCGCUUGGAGGGCUCGAGGAGCUUCGGCAGCAGAGGCGCGCGCACGCUGACGAUGGCGCGCUUCAAAGCGGAGGACUUGCAGAAGACGCUGCUGGCCUUCAACACUCACCUGGAUGUAUGGAACGCCACGGCGAGGAUUGCGCAGGCGGAGCUGGUGAGAGAGCAUGUGGAGAGCAAGGCUCAGGCACAUCCAAAUGAUGCCAUAUUUCUCACGGGCGAUUUCAACUGCGUGCCCGGGCAGUCGCCUCAUGACAUCCUGCAGCAGCAGCUGAAAGAUUCCUGGCACGAGUGCAGCAGGAGCGAAGACUGCGAGGGCCACUUCUUUCCAGUGACCUUUCACGCCUGGCUGGGCCUCAAAGCCACGACUCCACUUCUCCGCGUCGCGGCCUACGUCCUGCUGGCGCUGCACGAGUGCGAUCUGCUGCUUCCCACGGAGCGCCCGAGGACCUUCGGUGAGGCCGUUGCCAUGCUGCGAAGCGUCUUCUCACAGCUCAGCUUCGCCACCUUCAGCGGUCUGGACUGGCCAGACAGCUUUGGGCGCCUCCACGUGGACUGGAUUUUCUUUCGAGGCGCCAAACCUCGUGGAGUCUUUGUGGGAGAUGUGGCUGAGCAUCCUGCCAGUGACCAUUUCCCGCUGGUGGCACUCUUUCAGAUGGGGAUUGCCUGA